AGCCACGCAUAGUACUUUGGUGGAGCAGUUUGUAUGCUUACUAGAAAGAUCGGAAUGCUUGUUACACCGAGCUAAUUUCAUUACAAUAUGGUAAACUAUUUGUUCAGUGACUAGAACAUACAUCAAUUGUAGUUAUUCACCUGUCAAAUAAAGAGGUCUACAGUUUGAGAAGAUGUCGGCGUCGGAAGGAAACAAAAACACGAACACGGAACCAUGGGGCGGUUUUGAUGACAACCUCAUCCAGGGAACAGGCUCUGCGGUGAUCGACAUGGAGAACAUGGACGACACGUCAGGCUCCAGCUUUGAGGACAUGGGGGAGAUGCACCAGCGCAUGAAGGAGGAGGAGGAGGUGGCGCAGGAGGCGGAGGCCACAGAGGAGGACGCGGGCGAAGACGGCGAGUUCCUGGGCAUGAAGGGGCUCAAGGGGCAGCUGGGGAGACAGGUGGCCGACGAGGUGUGGAGAGCAGGGAAGCGCCAGGCCUCCAAGGCCUUCAACCUGUACGCCAACAUAGACAUCCUCAGACCCUACUUUGAUGUGGAGCCCAUUCAAGUCCGCAACAGGCUGAUUGAGUCGUUGAUUCCUAUUCGAAUGAUCAACUUCCCUCAGAAAGUGGCGGGGGAGCUGUACGGUCCCAUGAUGCUGGUCUUCACUCUGGUGGCCAUCCUGCUGCACGGCAUGAAGACGUCCGGCACCGUCAUUAGAGAGGGCACCCUCAUGGGCACAGCCAUUGGCACCUGCUUCGGCUACUGGCUCGGCGUGUCGGCAUUCAUCUACUUCCUGGCCUACCUGUGCAACGCCCAGAUCACCAUGCUGCAGAUGCUCUCUCUACUGGGCUACGGACUCUUCAGCCACUGUGUGGUCCUGUUCGUCACCUACAGCGUCCACUUCCACUCCCUGUUCUACCUCCUCUGGCUCAUCAUCGGAGGACUGUCCACGCUGCGCAUGGUGGCGGUGUUGAUCUCUCGCACGGUGGGCCACACCCCACGCCUCAUCCUGUGCGGAUCCCUGGCUGCCCUCCACAUGCUCUUCCUGCUCUACCUGCACUUCGCCUACCACAACAUCGUAGAGGGUAUCCUGGACACGUUGGAAGGACCCAACUUCCCGCCCAUCCAGAGGGUGGCCAGAGAUCUGCCUGACAUCGUCACGGUGAUGAACGCCACCGUCAAGGGCAUAGCUGCUGGUGCAAUGCACACUCAGUGACCUUGCAUACACAUGCACACGCACGCGACACACACACAUACACACACACCAGAGGGAUUGGGGGUCAUAUAAAGAUGCUCCCUCUCUGUGACACUUGCGUCUGGCUCCAGGAGUGCUUUGAGAUGCUGCCCAUUAUGAUUCAUGUGCUGCGUUGCUCACCGUCUCAUGCAAACGGAACUGAAGUGACUGGGGCUUGCUGUAGUCCUGCGUUACGCCUCGGGCUCAGGAUGCUUUUACACAGAGCCUCCCCUACAGGACCUCACCACCAUUGAACCAGAGAUCCAACCCAAACACUACGCCCCCCCCGCCCUGGGAAACGCAUCUUAUUUGGUGUCUGCUGUAUUAAUACUAACAAUACCCUCGCAUACAUAACAUCACAAACACCACAGGCCAGAAUCUCUCACACACAUAACAUCACAAAGGCCACAGGCCAGAAUCCCUCGCAUACAUAACAUCACAAAGGCCACAGGCCAGAAUCCAUACAAUUCCUCUCAGAGUGGACAUCCUGGACUCAAGAGCACAUGCAUUCCUUGUCUAAACGUUUGCUACGCAUGGAGUGGGGGAUCCAUUUUAUAAUUGUACUUCAUUAAGAUGAAGUAAGAUGUCUUGUGUGUGUUGGGGGCUAUGAGGAUUAAGAUUAAGUAAGGUGUCUUGUGUGUGUUGGGGGCUAUGAGGAUUAAGAUUAAGUAAGGUGUCUUGUGUGUGUUGGGGGCUAUGAGGAUACCAGACCUAAGGCAUUCAGAGAGACGCGUUAUUUGUUUGUAUGCAUUGUUUCCUUUCCUCCUCCUCUCUCUCCUUUCCUCCCCCUCUCUCUCCUUUUCUCCCCCUCUCUCUCCUUUCCUCCCCCUCUCUCUCCUUUCCUCCCCCUCUCUCUCCUUUCCUCCUCCUCUCUC